AUGGAAUGGCAUAAUAUUAAUGAAAGAAAAUGGCGUAGAUACAAGCGCACUGACCAUGGAAUCGAUGUAGCUCUUAAAAGUCUUAAUGACUCAUCAGAUUUCAGCUACGAAUUUUUAAUCAAGGAACUAUGGUUUAUGUUUAUAUUGUUAUGA